AAAAGCCACGCGUGCUUGCUUCCAUACGUACUCUUCUCGCGUGUUCCUAACAUCCCAUACAUCCUUCUAGGGUUCCGCCCACGAUGCAACCAGCAAAUUCCAUGAUUCCACCACCACACUACCAACAGCAGUGGCCCCCGCAGCAGCAAUCUGGAUAUUAUUACCCGCCGCAACAGGGCGGAGUUCCUCCACCGCAACAACUACUACAACCACAGUACAACGCUGCUUCUUCUCUUCAGCCGAGUAGCGGUGAUGAGGUCCGAAGCCUUUGGAUCGGAGAUCUACAGUUUUGGAUGGACGAACAAUACCUUCUCAACGCCUUCGCUCAAACUGGAGAGGUGGUCUCUGCUAAAGUUAUCCGUAACAAGCAAACUGGACAAUCAGAGGGUUAUGGUUUUAUUGAGUUUAUUAGUCAUGCCGCUGCAGAAAGGAAUCUACUAGCAUAUAAUGGGACGUUGAUGCCUAAUAUUGAGCAGAAUUUUAGACUUAACUGGGCUUCACUCGGUUCUGGUGAAAAACGUUCUGAUAAUACUCCUGAAUAUACAAUAUUUGUUGGCGACUUGGCGGCCGAUGUCACUGAUUAUAUGCUUCAGGAGACAUUUAGGGCUAACUAUCCUUCUGUGAAGGGUGCUAAGGUUGUAACAGAUAAGGCCACAGGGCGCACCAAGGGUUAUGGUUUUGUUAAAUUUGGGGAUGAAACUGAGCAGGUACGUGCUAUGACUGAGAUGAAUGGACAGUUUUGUUCAACUAGGCCCAUGCGGAUUGGUCCUGCAGCUAACAAGAAGACUAUGGGUGGUCAAAGUCAAGCUUCAUAUCAAAGUUCACCUGGAACUCAAAAUGAGGAUGACCCUUCUAAUACCACUAUUUUUGUUGGGAACUUGGAUGCCAACAUAACUGAUGAACAUCUGAGGCAGAUUUUUGGACAUUAUGGGCAGUUGCUUCAUGUGAAAAUACCAGUAGGCAAGCGGUGUGGCUUUGUUCAGUUCGCAGACAGAAGUUGUGCUGAGGAAGCUUUACGGGUAUUAAAUGGAACUCAGCUGGGGGGACAAAGCAUCCGUCUUUCCUGGGGUCGUAGUCCUGCAAACAAGCAGCAGCCUCAGGCUGAUCCAAACCAAUAUGGUGGUUAUUAUGGGUAUACAGCUGGAUAUGAGGGCUAUGGUUACGCUCCCCCUGCUCAGGAUCCAAAUCAGUAUUAUGCAGGCUAUGCAGGAUAUGGAAAUUAUGCACAACCUCAACAGCAGCAACAAAUUGUGCAGCAGCCCCAGUGAUCUGCUGGUCAAAAGAGUUGCCGAGUGCUUCCCGGCAUGAUUAUGUAUUGAUGUUACAAGCUGCGCAUGGGAUUAUCAGUUGGAAUCCAGAUGUAUUAUAUUGCACUAUCUGAGGGGUGUUGGGAACUACUGUAGGCUAGUUCGUGGGGAUACAAUUUACAGUUAUGGUCGACUGUUGCUCAUCUUUCGUUAAUUGAGUGCUUUGUUUUUAUUUUUUUCCUUGUUUGCUAUUUUGGUACUUAGAUAUGAAAUCUAGAUAUACUUGGAGAAGUUUAGGCAUGUAUUUAUACUCGUGCUUCUUGGCUAUCCCAACAUUGCUUAAAACUUUA